AUGCCCCCUAAACGCGAUAUCCGCAUCGGAAAUGUCUCCGGCGCAACCGGCGACAGCCCGCACGCCAUGCGGCGCAUGGCGCAAGAUGGCAACGUCGAUGUAAUUGUCGGUGACUGGCUUUCAGAGAUGAACAUUGCCUGGAACGCCAUUGCCAAAGACCAAGAUCCAUCGUUAGGCUACGAAGCGGGCUUUUUGACGCAAUUAUCUGAAUCCAUUGAUCUAAUCGUGGAGAAAGGGAUCAAGGUCAUUACUAAUGCGGGUGCUUUAAAUACACAGGCUCUGGCUGCGCAGGUGCAGGAGAUGUGUCGUGCGCGGGGCCACAAGGAUGUGGUGAUUGCCAUGGUUUUGGGGGAUGAUAUCUCCCAGACUGUAACCGAUCCUGCUAAGUGCCAGAACCUCUUGCAUCUCGACCAUCCAGAUUGGGCACUCAAGGACUGGCAAUUGGAGCCAUACUGUGGAGUGGCGUAUAUUGGAGGCUGGGGUAUCGUCGAAGGAAUCAAAGCGGGGGCUGAUAUCAUUAUUUGCGGUCGAGUCACGGAUGCAUCACCAGUGAUUGGAGCUGCCGCAUGGUGGCACAAUUGGGCUCGAGAUGAUUGGGAUCGACUUGCAGGUGGCUUAGUUGCGGGCCAUUUGAUCGAGUGCGGGCCAUAUGUGACAGGUGCCAACUUCUCUGGAUUCAAAUCUAUCCUCCCUGAGCUGGUGGACCUCGCAUUUCCUAUCGCGGAGAUCACUAGCGAAGGAAGUUGCACCAUCACAAAGCCCGAGGCACAUGCCGGAGCCGUGACAAAACACAACACCAUCGCUCAAUUCCUGUACGAACUCCAGGGAGAACAGUACCUAAACCCGGACGUGGUUGCCAACCUCCACAAUGUGACCAUGGAGCAGGUCGCCCCGAAUCGGGUACACGUACAUGGUAUCACCGGAUCUCCCCCACCGGCAACGACCAAGGCAAUGAUUGCAGCCAAGGGCGGAUACCAGGCCGAGGCUACAUUCUACAUCAACGGGCUCGACGUCUCGGAGAAAGUCGAGAUGAUGCGCAACCAGCUCCUGCACAUCUUCCGAGACCACAAAUUUAGCAAGUUCUCAAUCGAGCUAUAUGGAACCCCUGCAUCAAAUCCCAGUAGCCAGCAGGCUGGCACGGUCUUCCUACGUGUUUUCGCGCAGGCUAAAAAGAAGGAAGAUAUCUGUGCGGAGAAGUUCAAGAUCCCAAUAUACGCGCUACGAAUGCAGAGCUACCCUGGAUAUCAUAUGAAUCUCGACUUCCGGACCAUGGACCCAAAGCCGUUCAUGGAAAUAUUCCCAGUCAUCAUCUCGAUGGCGUCUCUUGACCACCAAACACAUGUUUUGGGAAGCACCGUUUCCAGCCCGAUUUUGAUUGAGCCCCCGAAGAUAACCUCCAAGUACCCCGAUAUCAGAGAUUCCUACGAGACUGCAAAUGCAGUCGAUUUGGCGAGCUUUGGGCCUACGCAACUAGCUCCCUUGGGCCACAUUGUCCACGCCCGAUCCGGAGACAAGGCAGACAACUCCAAUAUUGGUUUCUUCGUCAGAAAUCAGGACGAAUAUCCUUGGCUGCAGUCAUUCCUGACGGUUUCCCGGAUCAAAAGCCUAUUCGGAGAUGACUGGACGAAGGGCGAGAAUCAUGCCGAUAGAAGGGUGGAAAGGUGUGAGUUCCCCAAUAUUUUCGCCGUUCAUUUCCGGGUACUAGACUUCUUGGACGGGGGUAUUGCGAGCUCCAGCAGGAUCGACGGCUUAGGGAAGGGGAUUGGGGAAUACUUGAGAAGUAAGGUUGUUCCCAUCCCGGUACAAUUUUUAGAGAGAGGAUGUAUUUAA